AUGAACCUCGUGACGGCGUCCCGUGACGAGAAAGGACCCUCCGGCUUCGUGCUCAUUGCCUCGACCACCCCGGCGGCCUCGACGAGCAUGCACGAGACCUUGAAGGCUGGUCAAGCCGUCAGGAGUUGCGCGGCAGUCCACUUCGAAGGCCCGGCUCCCGUCUUCGACGACAUAAGGAGCGUCCCGGCUGCAGUUCCGCCCCCACCAAAUGCUGGAGGCAUGCGAGGGGGCCGGCCCUCCUACGCGGCCAAGCAGGGGGGCGCCGACUUCAAGUUCGAUUACGGAUUUGCCUUCAGCUUGCGGCCUGCAGAGGCCUUUGCACGGGGCGGAUUCGGGUCGACGUGCAUCGGGCGCACGUGCGGCGGAAAGGGGGUAGUUUAUGCUCGAGGGUGCGAUCCUUUCAUCUGGGGGCGGAAACGAAACCGGGGCGGGGCCCUGAUUUGCCGAGGCGGUGGGGGGCAUCUUCUGUGCUUGCGUUGCGUGGAGGCUCAAUACGAGGAGGGGAGCCCCUUUAUUUCAAGUGCAUCCGGGUGCGCUAUUCCCCAGAAAGAGCUUUUCACCAAGUAUGAAGCCUUCCCCAGUACUCAGGAGCUUCGAGAAGUACCGUCAGGGGAGGGGGUGAGAGAGGGCGGCUACCAGUUAUUUGUGCAGAGGAGGGAUCUUGCCCCUUGUCCGUACUGCCGCGAGCCCAAGGCACACAGUGCUUCGUCGAAGCGCGGAGUCAAGAGAGCCCUUGAAGAGGGGCCGAGCCCACGGAAGCUUGGCACGGUGGCCCUCCUAUCGGAAUUGGGUCGGAGCAAGAUCCCCCCGAUCGCCGUUGCCCCCGGCCUUUUUUUGGUGCCCCUGCUCGACGCCUCCAGUGGGCGCCUUCUGGACAUCUUUGCCACGGACCGAGGGCUCAUUAACGUCCCCCGGCUCGUCAAGGUCGACCACACGAGAAGUUUUCGGUGCCUAUGCGGUCACAAGGAGUGCCGGGACCACGACAUGUCGUUCCUUGAAGCAACCCGUUCCAUGAGCGGCUGGUGGCAAAAUGGCGCGGCCAUCUUCACGGCCUUUGACAACACCCACCCCUUUGUGAGGGAGGUCACCAGCGGCAAGCCCUGGGUAUUGCCGCUAGACCAGAAUGGUGGCGUGGGGGGUGUCCUCCGUGGGCUAGACGCGGAGGCUUGGAAAGGGGGGCCGCACCUCCGGGUGGUUGUUUCGAGCAACCCCGGAGAGGAGCCCGUGGUUUGCGUGCUUGGAGGAGAGGUUGCGCACUGCAGCAAUAUCAACUGCACGGUACCCGAGCGGUGCCGGCACCUAUUGAGUGUGCUUUCAAAGCAAUCAUUGCCCCUGAUCGAGCGCGCAAUUGAUGGAGGCAGGAGCGAGGCGACUCGGGUUUAUGCUGAGAGACGCGACGAGAGAGUCGCGCAACGGGAAGCGGGGGCGAGGAGGCUCUUGGUUUGCAACGACCCCAUUUGCCGUCGGCCGGACUCGAGAGCUGCCUGCACCCAUCAAAAGACUCUCGAGCCUUGGGAGUGUCUCUUGGCGGCGGCCCUUGACACGGGGCACAGCCACAAGAAGU